AUGGUGGUCCCCAAAGGUUCAAAUGUUGUGAAAAUCGAAAACAUCCCGUAUGGUGUUAAUGAAGAAACCCUGAAGGGUGUCUUCCAAAAAGUUGGACCGGUGGCGUCUUUUCGCAUUGCGUUUGAUAAAGAAGGUGGACCGGAAGCUACCGGAUAUGGAUUUUGUGAAUAUUACGAUUCACCGACCGCAACGAAUGCGAUGCAAAAUUUUAAUGACCUCGAAAUCGAUGAUCGAAGGUUAAAAGUUCACGUCAUGAACUGCGUUGACCCGCCAUCUGCGUUAUCCGAGAGUCGCUCAGAGGACGAAGGCGGAUCGAUUUUUUCGCAAGCACCGCGCAAUCCUGAAAUGUCAAAGGAAACUUUGAAACAAACUCCCGUUGAAUCCAUUACAUCUAAAACAGGAAUGAACGGAUUGCAGCUCAUCGAUGCUUUAAUUACUCUAAAGAUGCUAUUUGAAAGGAGUGAAGCACAAGCUAAAGAAUUAUUAAAUAGUAAUCCUCGGCUAUCUCAUGACAUGUUCGUAACACUGUUGGAGCAUAAUCUCGUUGAAAAAGAAUUAUUGCAGCGGGUGAACACUUUCGCUUCUCAAAAAGCAAACAUUGCUACAACUCCUUUUUUAUCUCUGAACGCCAAUGCCCAUGGCAAUAUCAAUUCAAACGGCCUGCUUGCACAGCAACAGGAUACAUUGUAUAGACCAAGUUUGCAACUGACCCAACAAACGAUGCAUUAUCAACCUACUUUGAGUCAUUUCCAACAAAACUCUCUGCAAAUUCCCGUACAACAAACUCCAAAUUUGUUUUCUUUUCAACAAUAUCCCUUGCAAGUCCCUACACAACAAUCACAUAGUCGGCUUUCCAUUCAACAUCCUCAGCACGAUGCAAUAACGAAUGUUGGAAAUACUUUGGACACUUGUAAUUUUGGUGAAAGGAACGCAGGAAUCACUGCCGAUUCACAGAUUCGGGAACAAAAUGCGGCGUUGAUUCUUAAAAUUCUAAACCUUACGCAACAACAAAUUGAUUUGUUUCCUCCCGAAGAACGUAAUCGCAUAAUUCAAUUGGCAAAAACAUCAAAUCCUCCUUCAAACGAGGAGAUAAGACGGAUGUAA